GUGUCCUUUGCCCGUCCAAGCUCAGAAAAUAUUAAGGAUGCAAAUUUAUAUAUCAGUGGACUCCCAAGGACAAUGACGCAGAAAGAUGUUGAAGAUAUGUUUUCAGGGUUUGGGCGUAUUAUCAAUUCUCGUGUCCUUGUUGAUCAGGCUACAGGUUUAUCUCGUGGAGUUGCAUUUAUAAGGUUUGACAAACGAUCAGAAGCAGAAGAGGCAAUUGCAAGCUUCAACGGCCACAAACCACCAGGUGCAUCGGAACCCAUAACAGUGAAGUUUGCUGCUAAUCCAAACCAGAACAAGAACAUGGCACUACUCUCCCAGCUCUGUCACUCUCCAGCACGGCGAUUUGGAGGACCAGUUCAUCAUCAAGCUCAGAGAUUUAGGUAAACCA